ACAAAUACACGGGGAGACGGAGAGAGAGAGAGAGAGAGAGAGAGAGAGUUGUCAAGGUUCAACGCCACUUCUCAAUCAUCUCUUCUCUUCUCUAGGCAAUUUCUCAAGUCUUCUCAUUGUAUUUUUGGAGUAAACGAUUCUUCAAUCUUUGAUCUGCUUCUCUUCGCUUCUCGGAGACUCAACUUCGAAAGCCGCAACGGAAUUCAAUUCUCGAAGAAGACUUUGGGAAUUGGAUUCCAAGGGAUAUGUUAGGUUUGUGAACUUAGGGUUUAUAAUUUGAUACGCACUGGUCAAUCAUGCUCUCUAAUCACCUGCAAAAUGGAUUCGAGACCGCGAAGAUGGUGUGGUCGCGGCUCCCGAACGCCGAGGAAGGCGACCACGGGGAUACAGGGCUCUUGCGUAAGAGUGAUGGGAGUGGCGUCGAGAGCCUCGAGUACGAAGUCGUCGAGAAUCACGCCUAUUGGGAAGAGCAGGAGCAGAGAGGGAAGAUUUUUGUUGGAUAUUAUGUGGUGGUGAAGUGGUUCUUUGCUUUGCUCAUUGGCAUCGGUACCGGAUUAGCUGCAGUUUUUAUUAAUCUUUCUGUUGAGAACUUUGCCGGCUGGAAGUUUGCAUUGACUUUCUCUAUAAUACAAAAAUCAUAUGUGGCUGGGUUUAUCGUAUAUGUACUAAUCAACUUAGUUUUAGUCUUGUCCUCUGUGUAUAUCAUAACACAGUUUGCACCAGCUGCAGCUGGAUCUGGAAUUCCUGAAAUCAAAGGAUAUUUGAAUGGAGUUGAUAUUCAUGGCGUUCUUCUCUUCAGAACCUUGAUUGGGAAGAUAUUUGGAAGCAUUGGAUCAGUGGGAGGUGGUCUAGCUUUAGGCAAAGAAGGUCCUCUUGUUCAUACUGGUGCUUGUAUUGCUUCUUUGCUCGGACAAGGUGGAUCCACCAAAUACCAUCUGAGUUCAAGAUGGUUGCAAGUUUUCAAGAGUGAUCGUGAUCGCCGUGAUCUUGUGACAUGUGGGUGUGCAGCUGGAGUUGCUGCAGCCUUUAGGGCUCCGGUUGGUGGUGUAUUAUUUGCAUUGGAAGAGGUUACAUCUUGGUGGAGGAGUCAACUUAUGUGGCGUGUCUUUUUUACUUCUGCUGUUGUGGCUGUUGUGGUGCGUACUGCAAUGGGGUGGUGUAAGAAUGGAAAUUGUGGACAUUUUGGCUCUGGUGGCUUCAUAAUAUGGGACACAUCAGAGUUAGCAUCUAUACUUCAGCUUUUCUAUGUUCAUCUGUCUCAAGGUUUUGCUCCUUUUCUGACCAAUCCUAUUCCCAGUGGUCAAGAAGACUACUCUUUCGAGGAGUUACUUCCAAUGGCAGUUAUCGGAGUUAUUGGAGGUCUGCUGGGAGCAUUGUUUAAUCAGCUUACUCUUUAUAUAUCUUAUUGGCGCCGAAAUCAUUUACACAAGAGAGGGAACCGAGUCAAGAUAAUUGAAGCAUGCCUUGUCUCCCUGAUAACCUCAUUCAUUUCCUUUGGAUUACCACUUCUAAGAAAAUGUAGUCCAUGCCCUGAAGCAGAUCCUGAUUCCGGUAUAGAAUGCCCAAGGCCUCCUGGAAUGUACGGGAAUUAUGUAAAUUUUUACUGCAGUAAGGAAAAGGAAUACAACGACCUUGCUACUAUUUUCUUCAAUUCUCAGGAUGAUGCUAUUAGGAAUCUGUUCAGUGCAAAAACCGUUCAUGAGUUCAGUGCCCAAAGUUUAUUGACCUUUUUGGUUAUGUUUUAUGCCUUAGCUGUGGUGACAUUUGGUACUGCUGUUCCAGCUGGUCAAUUUGUACCUGGAAUAAUGAUAGGAUCAACAUAUGGGCGUCUAGUCGGCAUGUUUGUUGUUAACUUUUACAAGAAGCCCAACAUUGAAGAGGGAACAUAUGCUUUACUGGGAGCUGCUUCUUUUCUUGGAGGGUCGAUGCGGAUGACGGUUUCUCUAUGCGUCAUUAUGGUUGAGAUAACAAAUAACUUGAAACUUUUACCCCUUAUCAUGCUCGUUCUUCUUAUUUCAAAGGCUGUUGGUGAUGCUUUUAAUGAAGGUCUAUAUGAAGAACAAGCACGACUCAAGGGCAUUCCAUUACUGGAAUCGAAACCUAAGUACCAAAUGCGAAAAAUGACUGCAAAGGAGGCUUCUGGACAAAGGGUGGUCUCCUUCCCUCGUGUUGUUAAGGUUGCAGAUGUAGUUUCUAUUUUACGGAGCAACAGUCAUAAUGGUUUUCCUGUGAUUGAUCAUACAAGAACUGGGGAAACACUUGUCAUUGGACUUGUGCUUCGCAGUCAUUUGCUGGUACUUCUGCAGUCUAAGGUAGAUUUCCAGCACAGUCCAUUGCCCUGUGAUCCUAGACCUGGAUCCAGGCCUAUCAGGCAUACCCCUAGUGAAUUUGUCAAACCUGCUUCCAGUAAAGGAAUAUCUAUAGAUGAUAUACAGCUUAGUCCAGAUGACUUGGAAAUGUACAUAGAUCUUGCCCCAUUUUUGAAUCCAUCUCCAUACAUUGUGCCUGAAGAUAUGUCUCUGACGAAGGUAUAUAAUCUUUUCCGCCAACUAGGUUUGAGACACAUAUUUGUUGCACCUCGUCCAUCUCGUGUGAUUGGCCUGAUUACCCGAAAGGAUUUGUUGAUUGAGGAUAACGAGGAAUCGGAUACAGUGGAGCUCCAAUCGACUAGUGUAAGAAUUCGGCACGGUGAUACAAGUGUGUCCACGGGGAGUUGGGAUGCAGAAAGACCGCUUCUCAAUGGUCUUCUGCUCCAAGCUCGUACAUCCAGCUGAUGUUGCCGUCCAGCCGUCCUGGAUUACAUAAUUUUGUGUUUAUCCCUGAAAUCUAAUUGUUUCUCCCAUUUUGUCUUUACAAAUAUAUCAUGAAGCGUGUAGGUCUAGAAUUGUUAAUUGAUUAUUCUUCCCUAGGAUUAAUGGAUCACACACCUAUCUGAAUUUUGUAUCAUAUACAACCGAGAAGGAUGAUGACUUGGCAGAUUAGUUGAGCAAGCUCUUUUCAUGAUUAAAAUAACAUUAUAUACUAAUUGAGCUACGGUGGAACUAGAGAGUGAGCGAGGGAGGGGUUAAAAUAAAGGUCGUGGGUUCUUUU